CGAAGACAGACCAUGAGAACCUCCUCUGCGUGCAUCAUUGUUCACCUUCAGCUGCCUGUUCAUCUUCUCUGAGAUUGUAUAAGUUCAGAAGAUGGAUAAAGAAAAACUCAUGUUGUUGUUGCUUCUGACUAUCAUAACAGCAGCAGGUUCUGCAGCAGUGCCAUCAUUUACAUUCACUGGCUCACAGCUGACAGCCACAGAGGGAUCCUGCGUUCCAAUACAGGCGAGCUUCACAGGAUAUCUCAGUAGAAAUGCCUACUGGGCUUGGUUCAAGGAUCCAGUGUGGGUUGGAACUGUUGUUUACAGUACAGACCCCACAAAACGCCCCAUCAGUCCACAGUAUAGCAACAGAGUGACUUACCAAAGAGCAGAGAAACAGCUCACCAUUUCGAUCUGCAACCUGAACAAAAAUGAUGGUGGAAGCUAUUCUUUUGGAUAUUUCCCAUCAAGAGGGGAGAAAUGGAGCUCAGAGCCUGUUCUUCUGUCAGUCCAAGCGAACCCAUGCCUCAUCAGGUUUGAGGAACCGGCUCCUGUUACAGAGUCCAGAUCAGUGACUCUCCGCUGCUCCACCUUGUCCUCGUGCCCCUCCCGUCCUCAAAUUCAACCUCUCGACCAACGAGGAAUCUCAGUGCAACCUCAGGGUGAUGAACACAGCAGGACAGCAACUAGCAACUUCACAGCCAGCUGGCAGGACAAUGGGAGGCAGUUCUCCUGUCAGACUCAAGGCAACACCGACCCAAACUUGAUCCGCAGUGUCACUCUAACUGUCGAAUAUGGACCCAGGAACGUGGAGGUGAGGGUCACUAAUCCUGACAGAAGGGAAGGUGUUGCUGUGGAGGACACAGUGACCCUGACAUGUUCAGCGAGUGGGAAUCCUGCACCCACCUACCACUGGUUGCAACCAGAUCAGGCACAGAGCCAAGGACAAGAUCUCAUCAUCCCAUCCAUCACAGUCUCACAGAGUGGAAGAUACAGAUGUGAAGCCAGAAAUAAGCACGGACAUGAAGAUUCCAGUCUUGAUUUGGAUGUUCAGUUCUCACCAGAAGUUGAGAUCACAGCAUUUGCCACAUCAAUACGGCGAGGACAGAGGAUGGAUUUAAGAUGUACAGUGAAGAGAAGCAACCCAGAAGCCACAAGCUUUCAGUGGCAGAAGGAUCAGCGAGAUGUGUCUUCAGCUCAGACUUACACAGUAAGAUCCAUCCAGCCUGAGCACGCAGGUUUUUAUACCUGCACUGCCUGGAACUCCAUUGGUGCUGGAACAUCAGACCCACUUCAGAUUCAAGUUGAAUACCAACCCAGGAACACAAGAGUUCAAGUCCCCUCUGGUCUAAACGGGAGAGUCAGCGCUGGAAAAGAGCUCAGAUUAACGUGUGUCACUGAGGCCUCUCCUGCAGCUCAUAGCUUCUCCUGGUUCCAUGGCUCCUCCAGACACACUCCACUCUCCCAGUACCAGUCCAAAUACUGGGGCAGCACCAUGACCAUUGAGACAGUGCAGAGAUCUGAUGAAGGUUGUUACGUGUGCAGCGCCACCAACAGCAUCGGCACAGAUCAUAGUGCACCACAGUGCUUCCAAGUACAGUAUGCUCCAUCAAACCUCAAACUGUCCAUGUACACUCAGGUCACAGAAGGUCAGACCUUCACUAUCAGAUGCACUGUGGACAGUUUUCCACCCUCAACUCUCACCUUGAUCAGAGAGACCGGGUCCAGUUCAGUGAAUGUGUCCUCAGACUCCAACAAGAAUGGGGUCCACAACAAUGUCCUCGUCUACACCACUAAAGCUGCUGUGCACCACGCAGGGAGCUACAAGUGCAUCGCCUCAAACUCUGAAGGAAGCAGGACAAGUGAGCGGAGAGAAUUGGUGGUUCAAUAUGCUCCAAAAGAAACGAAGGUCCUGAAGGCUGAAGAGCUGCAGUUGCCAGACAAGAGGAGCUCAGUGAUGCUGACAUGCAGCUCCAGCAGCUACCCACCAAUCCACCGAUACUCCUGGUACAGGAAGUCGACGGAUGACAGAGGAGAUGACAAAGUGUCCGAUCAGCAGAACCACAGUGUGACCUCUGACAAGCCUGGGAUCUACUACUGCUCUGCCCUGAAUCAGUUAGGUGAAAGAAGAUCUGAUCCAGUGGAGCUGUUUGUAGAAGGAGCCUCUCACAAAGUCCUGAUGUAUGUCUUCAUUUCUGCUUCACUUCUGCUCAUUCCAUUGGCGGCUGGUCUCAUCUUCAUCAAGUGCAAGAGGAGGCUCAAACACAGAGCUAACCCAAGUGCUAAAAGACCACCGGAAGUGCAAGCUGUGCCCCCAGAGGAAGCAUCUGUGGUCUAUGCCAAUGUGCAUUAUGCCAAAGGCAGCAAGCCAGGACAAGAUGUUGUGUACGCGGUCGUGUCCAAACCACAUCACCCUAAUAAACCAAGCGGUGAAGAGGGAGAGGAGGAGGUGAACUAUUCUCAUGUGGAGUUCAAACACAACAGAGUGAAGCACAAGAUCGGGAAAUCAAGUCGCUGUGAGGAUGAAAACACUGAAUAUUCCACGAUUAAAUUCUGAGAACAAAAACAAGGACUUGUUGGUUUAAAUCCAAUGUGAAGUGAUGCACCGUUCGGCUGGUAUAUAACAGAUGCUGCAUACUUUUAUAUGCUAUGAAAACUGUAUUUUAAUAACAAGCAAAACAGAAUCAGAUUGUACAUAAGCUUCAUCUGCACAUCAUGCCUGUUUUAUGAUAGUGAAUUAACCAUGCUGCCACUGUUCUCUGGAAAAUCUUCUCCUCUGGUAUAAAUAAA